AUGGUUCUCGGCUUCGGUCAUCAUUCGCAGAAGGACCCCAACGUCUCGUCCGAGUCGCGAGGUCGUGACCCUUUCAUCGCCACGGGUCGAGGUGGUGCAGGAAACAUCAUCCGCUCGCCUUCUCGCUCGCGCGAUCGCUCGGGUAACGCCAUCCCGCCUCAAGCCGUUGCUGCCGCUGCUGUCCCCAACCACCUCGUUUCCUCCGGUCGCGGUGGUGCCGGCAACGUCCGCUCGCCCUCGCGCGACCCGCUCGACCGCCAGCGCGCCGCCGAUGCCAAGGCGCGCGAGGAGAAGCUGCAGGAGGAGUACCGCGCACACGAAGUCAAGGCCGCCCACUCCACGGGCCGCGGCGGCGCUGGCAAUGUUGCCACCAAUCCCGACGUCGAGGAACGCCGCGGACGCGAUGGCGGUUCCAGUGGAGGUGGAGGCGUAGCUGGUCUGCUGCGCACGCUCUCGAGGUCUCGUUCGCGCGAACCGCGAAGCAACGGCAAGGACUCGCCUAAGAAUCGCUCCCAGUCGCGAACGCGCGCCUCCGAAGGCAGCAAGCUCGGCAAGGUCGAUGAGACGUCUCGGUCCAGCGAAGAGGCGAGCCUCUACACCACUUCCACUGCUAAUGGCGGCGGAAGGGCUUGA